GUUCUCUUCGUCUCACUCACACUCUUAUACUCAUCUCACUCUCAAAUUUUUUCUGUAAUGGCUCGCUUAAGCAUUCCUUCAUUAAUGGCAGUGCUGGUAGCAUUUUCUGUGGCCUCCACCAUGGCACAGCCCCCGGCGCCGUCUCCCUCAAAAUCCCCACUAGCGAGUCCACCAACGAAAGUCAUUGCUCCUGUGCAGUCUCCGGCCGCUACGACUCCCGCAUCUGCACCGUCUCCUGUGAAGACUCCGCCGACAAGUGCUCCAUCCCCGACAGUGGUGACCUCUCCGCCGUCGCCUUCCCCUGUUUCUCCUGAGGCUUCGGCGAGCCCUCCUGCGUCAAUUGCUGCUACGCCUUCGGAAGCUCCCGGGCCGGCGGAGAACAGCGCGGGUUUGAGCAGAGUCGGGUUCGCUGGAUCUCUGGGCGUCGGAGUAUUCGCAGCAGCAGCUUUGCUUUUUUGUGGUCCCAAGUACAACACGUCUUUCUAUUAUCUGCACCGUCCUAUUUCCGACCGUUACAAGCAAAGCCUGCUUCGUCUUUCACAGAUCCUCCACAUUCUCUCAGUAUCACAGUUUUUCAUCCUCGCACAUUCUCACUCCCUCCGUCUAUUCGAAACUCGUAGAAUGGCUCACUCAGGCAUUUUCAUUCUUAUGCUACUGACCGCAAUGUUGGUGGGCUCCACCAUAGCACAAUCUCCAGCGUCGUCCCCGAAGACAUCUCCACCGGUCUCGUCUCCCACCUCUCCGGCUGUGACUCCUCCAGUUUCUGCUCCUUCUCCUCAGGCGGCUGCUCCAUCUCCGACUGCAGUUAACUCUCCUCCGUCGCCGUCUCCCGCGUCCUCCGAAGCUCCGGCGAGCCCUCCCUCAUCGAUCUCGCCACCGUCCGAAGCACCGGGACCGGCCCAGAGCGGUGCCGUUUCCAACCGUCUCGCACUCGCUGGAUCUGUGGCUCUUGCGGUAUCCGCUGGGUUUUUGAUGAUCUAGAUGUGAUAGAGCUGCUCGGACUAUUUUACCAUGAGGCUUACAGAUCCUUAAUUAUUUGUUUAUGUACUUAAUAAUAUUCAUUUCGGCCAUUUAAUUUAGGACAUAUAAAUUUCUUGUUACAUUCUUUGAGGUUUGUUUUAUAUAUAUAAUCAGUUUAUCAAUUUUUUAAAA